CUCAGGACCAGCACGCAUCCUCUGGCUCUGCUCCUCGCGCUUGCCAUGUGUCACUCCCGCAGCAACCUCCCCACCAUGACCGGCCUACGGGCCCCGGCUCCCGCUCCCUCCACCGGCCCGGAACUCCGGCGGGGCUCCGGCCCCGAGAUCUUCACCUUCGACCCUCUUCCGGAGCCGGCGGUGACCUCCACCGCGCGUCCGAGCGCCUCUCGCGGGCACCGCAAACGGGUCCGAAGGGUCCUCUACCCUCGAGCGGUCCGGCGCCAGCUGCCAACCGAGGAACCCAACGUGGCCAAAAGGCUCCUCUUUCUCCUCCUCACCAUCAUCUUCUGCCAGAUCUUGAUGGCUGAAGAGGGUGUAUCGCCGCCCCUAGCCCCGGAGGACGCCCCCAGUGCCGCGUCCCCUGCGCGCAUCCCUGCGCCCACCUCUGCGCCCCCGGUCCUCGAGCCCUUGAAUCUGACCUCCGAGCCCUCGGACUACGCUCUGGACCUCAAAGCUUUCCUGCAGCAGCACCCAGCUGCCUUCUGACCGUAAAGACUCACUCACAUUCGGUCGGAAAACAAAGGCUCCAGGGGUACCUGGUGCGCCAGAACGUAUCCCAAACUGGGACUUGUAAGGCAACUCUAACUCAGAACACUACUGCCGAGACGCCUGUCGGUGCUUGGGGGACGAGCCCGAGGCACUGUGAGCCCGGGCUAGACCCAGUGGGGAAGGACAGCGGCGCUCUCAGGACUUCUAAUUAAUAUUUAUGUAUUUAUGUAUAACCUCCUGGCUGAGGGAGGGGUGUAUGUAAUAUUUAUUCUAACUUAUGCAAGGGUGCGAGAUGUGCUCCCCUGUUGUUAAGAAGAUACCUUGAUAUUUAUUGAGAUUUAUGGGGUCGGCGAGUUAGAGUGGGGGGGAGCACCCAGGUGGGAGGACUAGCCUGGGAGCUGGACUUGGUGGUGGGUCUUAGGUUUAGGGGUGACACUCGGUUUUCCAACAUCUCAACUCUGCAGUCUGUUGUAGGACUUCCGCAGACCCUUGGGAAUCCGGUCCGUGGCCCUUCGCCGUCUUCACGUUGCCCUCAGAGGCCGGUUACGGGGGUCGUGGGUCGGAGGGCGGCUGUCGGGGUCGCCCUGUAUGUUCUGUGAACACAAAUAAACUCGAUUGUCAGCAGU